AUGGGGGAGGUAUGGUUCCAGAAUAGGAGGGCUCGCACUUUGAAAUGCAAGGGUGGAAAGAAGCCAUUGUGGCAAUCUGACUCACCAUUGCCAGCCUACAGCGCCAUGCAGAAUUCACCAAAGCAGAUACACUCUUCUAACAGGGAGGGCGGCAAGUCUGGUGCGGUCACCGGACCUUUAUGCACUUCACCAACUGCGUACCCCGAUCAUAUUAAGGAAGAGAUGGAAAGGGAUGGCCUUUAUGGAUGUGACACUCCAUCUUCCAUGUCUAUCGGUGAUGAUUCCGGGUACUGCACCCCUUCAUACGGACACCAUCAGGCCAGAGCCAUGAAUGCUCACUGCAGCCCUCCUCUUCUAAGCCCAGAGCAUCAGAUGCCCCCUAACUGGGCUGCGAGGUAUGACAGAAGGUCACCUAUGAGCUCCAUGUGGAGUCCAUAUCAUCUUGAUGCCUAUGCCUGCAAUACCAGCUCCAUCCAGAGCUUUUUUUACUCUCCGUCUGAAAAACACAACAGCCUUCAGCCACUGACCCCUGUUACCCCAGACUCGGGUUGCUGGGAGGGUGGUUUGGAGGGAACUCCUCCAGCUUCCAGCUCUUUUUGUGUAGACAACUCAGAAGUUCCAAAGAUGGAGAGCCAACAGGAAAGCGGAUUCACCACGGGCCUCUGCCUGAGCUGCCGGCCCUGUCGCUACAGGAGAUCCUGGGAGAACUGCAAGGAGACUGGUGGCAGGGAGAAGGACUAAACAGCCACUCAUCAGACGACAACCAUGUGUAUGGCUGAAUUUUGCUGUGUGCAAUCUAUUUAUGACUAUUUAUUUAAUGUAUUUAUUGACUAUAAGGAUAUGCCUAAACAAUAAUGUAUUAUUUAUCUAAUCUGAAAGUGACAACAUGAGAGAUUUCAGAUGUUUUUAGACAAAUUAAAUGGGCUUUGGUCUUAUUUAUCUUCAUUGUUGCUAUUUAUUUAAUAAUCUCUGUAAAAGUGUAAUCAUGCAGCUGAGUAUAUUGUUUACAGACAUCUUUAUUGACUUCAUUUAAUUGCUGCACUUGCAUUUAAAUAAAGAUGCUUUUUCCCUAA